GGGCGUGGUCGGACGAGGCUUUUUCUUUUUUUAGUGUAGAUUUGCAGUCAGCGGUUGUGGCAGGGCACUUUCUGCUGUUGUUGAAGUUGUUGCGUCGCGUCGCGGCAGACCGAGACAAGCAAUCAUGACUUCCACAAACAUGUUUCAGGGACUUGAGGCUAGUGGCAAAUCAAGUUCAAGGGUACUGAGACCUCCAGGUGGAGGGUCCAGCAAUAUCUUCGGUGGCUAUGAAGAAGACUCCUCUGCUUCCAGACGGCCAAACAAGAUGUCUUCCUCUAUUUUCGCACCUCCAGAAAAGCAGCAGGAGUCUCCCAAACGCUCCAAUCCGCCAGGUGGAAAGAGCAGUGGAAUAUUCGAGAAGCCAGAGGCUGCUUUGCCUCAGAGCAAGCCUGUGUUCUCUGCUGCAGCAUCCAGUAACAUCUUUGGAGGUGCAGAGUCAACACCACCUUCUCUGAAAAGUCACCCCAACAAACCAAAGGACAACUUAAGUGUGGGUGUACCUGCUACUCCAGAUCCACCAGCCCCGGUGGCCAAGCCAGAGCCUGUGGUUGUUGAAGAAGUGAAGGUGCAGCCAGUGGCUCCUCAACCCACACCUGAAAAAGAGCCGGCAGCUGCUGCCGCUGCCCCUGCACCUGCACCACCCCCAGCCAAUCAGAAAGCUGAACCAGCCACAAGGCAACCGUCAGAAAAAGACCAUGAGCCUCGCCUCGCACCGGUCCCUCGCUCCCACAACAAAGUGCUCAACCCACCAGGUGGAAAGUCCAGUGUGGUUUUCUAUUAGGCAGAGGUGCUGCUUUCCAGAGCUGUGGCACAAUCUAUUCUCUCUUGAUUCGAUGCUGAGCUUAUUUUUUUUAACAGCAGAUGGCGCUGCAUGCAUUUAAUCGCUUUAAAUUAUGUCAAAAACCUAAAAUAAUCAUUAAAAAAAGUUAGGAAAGGUGUUCAUAGUGAGCUGUGUUAGCCUUCUCUUCAUGAGCAGUUGAGUGUAUGGUAAAAACUAGCCUCGAGCACCAUCUGCUGUUAAAAAUUAACCUCAGAAUAGCUUCAAGAGUGAAUAGCCAUUCUUAUUGAACAUCAAUUUUCCCCACAGCUCUACUGCUUUCUACAUCUCAUCUUUCAUGUACAUUUUUACCUGUCCUAAAAUCUCUCCUUUCUCAUUUACUUGAUCGUCCUUCCCUGAGGUCUGUCACUUUUCAUUCCUUUUUUUUUUCUUUUGGCUUUUGCACUUGCUCUUGAUUCAUUCCUCACCUUGUCUAUCUGCUUUUCAUCUAAUUUGAAUCACUGUUAUACUGUCACUCCAGCAACUGAAUAGUUGUUUUCCUUUCAAACGGUUCGCAUUGACUGACUGUCUCUCCAUAUGAUUGUUUCUCAAUCUGCUAACGUAUUAAAUGCCGGUUUGCCUCAUAAACUCGAGCACAGUCUAUGCAGUGUUCAACUGGAUUUACUGAUGGACGCCAGUGCAGACUCUUCAGCAUCAGCAUGUUUGGAUCUUCCUUUGAAACUGAAUGUGUUCUAAUGGCAAUGAUGCAUUUACUUUUGUGCAAUAAGGUGACUUCAUUUCACUUUUUUCCCUUCUACGGUUUCAUUUUUAUCUUGUAAGGCACAAAACCAAAUGUUAAAGAUGCCAAAUCAAACGCUCAGCUAUUCUAAUUGAUAAUCGCCAAAGCACACGUGUACGACAAUGGAUGGCAUAAUGUGUACAAUCAGUCAUCACUAACAUAUCCUCAAACUCAACAUGUCCAUACAUGUAUUUGAAUGUAAACCACAGACCUUUAAACUCUGGGAAUCGUCUGAUAUAUGCCUGAUUCUGUACUUGAAAAGAGUUGCUGCGCCGUAACGCUGUCUGAUGAAUUUGGCCCUUCCUCGUCUUAGUCAGCUUGCAGAUUGGAAGGUCAAAUAUGUGGCAUCUGUGAGCGUGUUUGGGCAAUUCCCACAUUGCUUGUGCCAUCCCUGCCCAAAAUACUUCAGUUGGUUGAUUGCCCGGCAGUGUGACUGGCUGCGGUGAUGUCACAGAGGCCCGUUUCAUACAGUACAACUCUGUAUUGUUUUGUAUGCUGUUUUGUACUGCUUAUUUGUUUUCCAUGACAGUGAAAGGAUGUUUUACCAUGUUGCUCCAAAUAAAACUAACAGAAAUCUUCAUUUAAAAUCA